AUGGAGUUGAAUCAAUCUCUCGACGGGAGGCUCGCCCAUAAGCCGGCCUCCUCUAUCGACAACAGCGAUGAGGCGCUCAAGUUCCUCGCCCGCGAGCAGCAGGCCGGCGUCGUGCUGGACAUCACCGAGACGAGAGCGCUGCGCUGGCGCAUCGAUCUGCGCAUCAUGCCCAUCCUCAUGACCAUCUACUUCCUGCAGUACCUCGACAAGACGCUGCUCAACUACGCGGCCGUCAUGGGCAUCAAGGACUUCCUGCCCGGCAACGACUACAACAACCUCGGCACCAUCUUCUACGUCGGAUACCUGCUAUGCGUCCCUGAUGGUCGUAAGGGUCCUCCUCGGCGUGUGCGAGGCUUGCGUCGCGCCGUCCCUGGUCCUCAUCACAGGCAUGUGGUGGACCAAGCCCGAGCAGUCGCGUCGGACGGGCCUGUGGUACAUGCAGAUCGGCAUGGCGCAGAUUGUGGGAGCGAGCGUUUCAUAUGGCUUUCAGCAGGUGCACUCGGACAGGUUGGCGAAUUGGCAGAUUCUGUUUCUUUUUAUGGGUUGCUUCACAGCCCUAGUCGGCAUCAUCACCAUCCUCCUCCUCCCAGACAACCCCAUGACAGCCCGGUUUCUCACCGAGCAGGAGCGCAUCGCCGCCAUCGAGCACGUGUGCGUCAACCAGACAGGCAUCGAGAACAAGCAGUUCAAGCCGUACCAGGUCUCCUGUUCCGGGACAAGGAGACCUGGCCGCUGUUCUUCAUCACCCUGCUCGCCAUGAUCGACAACGGCGCCGUGUCCAAUUUCUCCAGCAUCAUCAUCGCCUCGUUUGGCUUCUCGACGGGACGCACCACCAUCGUCCAGAUGCCCUCGGGGGCGGUCUCGAUCGUGGCCACCUUUGCGGCAACGUAUCUCGUCGGGGCGAUUGGGCAUCGUUCGUAUAUCAUUGCCUUAAUCACACUCCCUAGUAUAUUGGGCCUCAGCGACUCCUACGAAGUCGGCAAGCUCUUCGGCGUCUACCUCCUCAACUCCUGCCCCGCAAUGCUCCCCAUCAUCUACAGCUGGAACUCAGCCAACACGAGCGGCUACACCAAGCGCGCGAUGCGCAACGCGCUGACCCUGAUGGCCUUCUGCGUCGGCAACCUGAUUGGCCCGCAGAUGUUUCAGGCCAGCGACGCGCCGGACUACAACCCGGCCAAGAUCGCGCUCAUCGCGAGCAUGGCGGCGGUGGUCGUGCUGGCGCUGGUCCUGCAGCAGCACAUGGUGUGGGAGAAUGCGAAGAGGGACCGAGAAGAAGAAUCGACAGCGGACACGCCGGGUGUCCGACCGCGGGGGGAGAACGUGGGGUUUUUGGAUUUGACGGAUAUUGAAAACAGGGGGUUUCGAUAUGUUUACUAG